GUUCUGUGGCUCUAGUUGUAGCAUUGCGUCUGCGGAAUACUAACUAAUACUCCUCAGGCAAUAUCUAUAUCCCUCGACGUGUGCUCACCAAACAAUGCCUUCUUUACGGAACCAGACAAUACAAAUCAGCGUCUGCACUAUCCUCACAGAGGCUCCAUGGUCUGCACCCGCCUCGCUCUCACCUCUCAUCCUUUUGACGGGGCGGGUGCGACGGCGUGCUGGUCUCGCUGCUCAGAGGGUGGGGCCCAAGCAGGCCGGCAUUGAGAAGUAUGCGGGAGAGGAGAGGAGGACUGGGAGAGUAGAGAAGAGGGGUGAGAGAGGUAUGGAGAACGUGUAGUACAACCCCAUCUUCCAGUUCUUAGGUGAAAGUAUGGAAGCUCGACAAAGGUAGAAGGGAAAAAAAAAUAUCGGUAAAUGUAAUUGUGUAUAGAAGUAGAAAACAACACGGAAAAGGUGGAAACACUAAGAAAGAAAGAAAGAA